AACAGAAAUCCGACGAUCAAUUUUAUUCGCGACACGGAAGGUUACUAAGCAGUCUCUCUCACAAUAUACCGAAUCGGAUAAUUAAAACUCACCUCGACACUAAACUCCAACAUAUAAUAAGUGAAACAAAUAGUUUAGGAUUAGUAUAAAGUUGUUAUUUUCUCUGCUCUCGACUACUCAAAAUAUAUCUGAAGUGAAAAAAUGGGAGGAUUUCAAGUGCAACAAAGACCAUGGACACCUACGAAGAGACGAGGUCCAAUUGCUGCUGAAUUCAAAGGACCAGGACCAGCAUCCGUUUCUCUACCAUCGUACAUUGGUAAGAGGUCAACUGAAUCAAAAAGUGGAAGAGCUCCUGCGUUCAGUUUUGGUGGAAGACACAAUGGAAAGAUUGAUAGUAUUGGUCCGGGUCCAGGACAAUACAAUGUAACAGGACUAAGUUCUAAAGGAAAGGACACACCUCCGGCCCUUAGUCUUCAUGGAAGGCCAAAAGAUGCUAAAGUCGAUAAUCUGCCAGCUCCAGGUGAUUACGAUCCUGACAAGGCUGUGAAAGUGAUCCACGACAACGCGCCGAAGUUCACAUUCGGCUUGAAGACGAAUACGGAUAAACCAAUGGACACGCCAGCACCUAACAAAUAUAACAUCCGCGCGAAAAGCCGUAUGCCUCGAUACACGUUUGGGCUUCGAACUAAAAUAGGAACAGAUUCACAAACGCCCGCCCCAAACGUUUACCGCGUGGAGAAGGCUGAUAAAGUGUUCGAAAGCUCCCCUAAACAUAGCUUCGGCGCUAAAUUAAACUCGGAGAAACCAUCCGACACACCCGCACCGAAUUGUUAUGCCAUCGAGAAGGCCGACAGCUCACCGAAGCACUCGUUCGGAGCCAAAUUCAAUUUGGAGAAACCCUCCGAUACCCCCGCGCCCAAUUACUAUGCAAUUGAAAAGGCCGAUAAAGUCUUCGAAAACUCACCGAAGCACUCGUUCGGUGCCAAAUUGAAUAUGGAAAAACCAUCAGACACACCUGCUCCUAACGUUUACGAAGUAAUUAAAGCUUCUAAAAACCUAGCUAACUCUCCAAAACAUAGUUUUGGUAUCAAACUAAAUAGGAUUAAACCAUUUGAUACACCUGCUCCAAAUGUAUACUCUAUUGAAAAAGCUGACAAGGUAUUCGAUAACUCGCCUAAACAUAGUUUUGGUGCUAAAUUGAAUACAGAAAAGCCAUCAGAGACUCCUGCACCUAACGUGUAUGCCAUUGAGAAGGCUGACAAAGUAUUUGAUAAUUCACCUAAGCACAGUUUCGGGGCUAAAUUCAAUUUAGAGAAGCCAUUCAAUACUCCUGGCCCUAACGUCUACGCUAUCGAGAAAGCUGACAAAGUCUUCGAUAACUCUCCAAAACAUAGCUUUGGUGCCAAGACCAACGUGGAUAAACCGUCUGAUACUCCUGCGCCGAAUUGUUACCACAUUGAAAGGGCGGAAAACAUAUUUGACAGUUCACCUAAAUACUCGCUUCGACCAAAAUUGAACACUGAAAAACCCUCAGACACACCAGCUCCGAACUGCUAUCACAUAGAGAACUCCGAUAUCAUUUUCGAAAACUCGCCAAAAUAUACAAUAAGACCUAAGAUUAACACUGAAAAACCGUCCGAUACACCAGCUCCGAAUGUGUAUCACGUGGAGAAAGCUGAAAACAUUUUCGACAGCUCUCCUAAGUACACUUUAAGAGCGAAGUUGAACGCUGAAAAACCGUUCGAAACACCCGCACCGAACGUUUAUCAUAUCGAAAGAGCCGAGAAUAUCUUUGAUAGUUCACCGAAAUACACAUUAAGGUCAAAACUAAAUAUCGAGAGACCAUCAGAAACGCCUGCUCCGAAUGUGUAUCACAUCGAACGGGCCGAAAACAUUUUUGAUAGCUCUCCAAAAUACACAAUCCGAACGAAAGUCAAUUUGGAAAAACCAUCAGACACGCCCGCACCAAACACCUACUCACUUUCCUGUGCCGACACAGCACCGCAUUACAGCUUUGGCCAAAAGGGCCAAACCGAAAAACCAUUGGACACUCCCGCACCCAAUGUUUAUAACAUUCCUCAAGUUGUUGGCGAUUUGAAAUCUGCCCCAUCGUACACAAUUUCUGGAAGGAACAAGGAAGCUGUAGAUGAAAGAAUCAAAAAUCCAGGUCCUGGUACGUAUACCAAUGUUCUCCCGGCGACGAUGAAGUCGCAAUCUCCGGCGUACACCAUCAGCGCCAGAUACAAUUUGCCUUCUGAUGCUACAAAGAUCCCUGGACCUGGAAAUUAUUCCCCUGAAAAGAUCUGCUUGGAUUAUCAACCAGCUCACUCGUUCGGUAUCAGACAUUCCCCGUGGGCCGAUCAUUAUUGAGGAGUGAAAGAGACAGAGAGAGGAGACAGAAUGUAUAACCUUCCCGACAUAAAUAAUUCGAUCGAAAUGCAACACAGACACUAAUAAUGAAAUAACGAAUAUUCUUGCCCUUAUUGUUCGCUUCGAAACAAUAAAUUAAUACCUGUUAAUCCACUCCUCCAAUUUUGCCGAAUUAAAUUAUUUAACACUCGCCAGAUUAUUGCAAACAGCUUUACGUCUUUAUUUCAGCUACAAUAUAACAUUAUUA